GCCUUCUCUUGACUGACCAGAAAUCAAAUCAGGCAAAGAGAAAAGAAAAGAAAAGAAAAGGGAAAAAAAGCGUUUCCCUUUGAGAAAGGUUUCAUUUUCCACCGAGGACCACCACUGCAUCACUUCUCACUUUUCAGUCCAGCCUGAAAGCAAGUCAUGGCAGCGCAUACAAGUACAAUUGUGACGACCCAGCAUGUCUCCUCUGGGACCUGGACUACAGGCGUCUGUGACUGCUGUUCUGAUAUGAGCACUUGUUGCUGUGCCUUUUGGUGCUUCCCCUGUAUGCAGUGUCAGACUGUGUCUCAGUUUGGCUGGUGUUUCUGUAUGCCACUGCUGGACUGCUGCGGGGUGGUGUCUUGCUGUCUCCGCCAGAAGAUGAGAGAGCAAUAUAACAUUCAUGGUUCCUGCUGCGAUGAUGUCUGCACUGUCUGCUUCUGUUAUCCUUGUACCUGGUGUCAGAUGUCUCGUGAAAUCAAGAUUCGUGCUCAUUCUGGGACUGUGGUCACCCAACAAAUUACCCGUAGUUAGAAAUCGGCUUUGCUGUGAGUAAUGGUAGUUCAUGCAGGUGAUGAAAACUGAUGCCUUUUACCUAGUAGUGAUUCAUAAACAUCAAAAUGCUUUAUAUAGCAUGCUCACUGUUAUUCACAAAGUUUACCUGUUAUUAUGCUGUUUACAUACUGCACAAAUAUAUGUAACUUUUCCUACCUUUACAAGUUACAAAAAAAUAUAUAAGAAAAUACCCAGCCAUAUGUUAUGUGAAAAACAGAUAGCGUAAAAAAAAUCCUUAUUGCUUCAUUAUGCUUUGGUAAAAAUGCAUUAUACAAAAUUACAUUUAUUUUGUAUUAGUUGAAUAUCAUUCCUGUAAUAAAACUAUGAGUUAAUAGAAAA